AGAAAAGCUUAGGCGAAUUAAUAUUAUAGAGUCUCUCGUCGAGUUGAAAAAAGAAAAAGUUUGGUUAGAUAAACGCAAACAAUCAUAUUUGUUUGUAUAAAUAAAGAGCGUGUCUGCGCAAAAUCUGACUCAAUCAAAUUCAAAGCUUGUUUUCUCUUUUCCUCUCUCUCUCUACACUCCAAUGUCGGCUCUCUUCUCCAUUGCCUCCUUCGUUGUCUUCUCUUUCAGGUUCUAAAGGGAAGAGAGUCUUUGUGGCAAUGGAGGAAUCGAGCCAGCUGAAGCGUGCCAUGAUUGAUUCCUGGGCUGGGGCAAUUGCUGGUGGAAUAUCGCGCACAGUUACCUCGCCCCUCGAUGUUAUUAAGAUUAGAUUCCAGGUUCAGUUGGAGCCCACUUCUACAUGGGCUGUACUACGCAAGGAUUUGGCUGCAGCUGCGGCUGCAUCAUCCAAAUACACUGGCAUGUUUCAAGCAACCAAAGAUAUUCUUAGAGAAGAAGGUGUGCAGGGGUUUUGGCGGGGGAAUGUACCAGCAUUGCUCAUGGUUAUGCCAUAUACAGCUAUUCAGUUUACAGUUUUGCACAAGUUUAAGACUUUUGCCUCCGGUUCUUCCAAGACAGAGAAUCACGUUAAUUUGAGCCCUUAUCUAUCCUACAUCAGUGGGGCAUUAGCUGGAUGUGCAGCUACAGUUGGUUCAUAUCCCUUUGAUCUUCUCCGAACCAUAUUAGCUUCUCAGGGUGAACCAAAGGUCUAUCCAAACAUGAGGUCAGCACUACUUGAUAUCAUUCAUACUCGUGGAUUCCAAGGCUUGUAUUCUGGAUUGUCGCCAACUCUAGUGGAGAUUAUACCUUAUGCAGGCCUACAAUUUGGCACCUAUGAUACAUUUAAGCGAUGGUUGAUGGAUUGGAAUCGUAGAUACUCAUAUUCCAACACUGCUACAGCAGAUAACCUCUCCAGCUUCCAGCUUUUCCUUUGUGGGUUGGCUGCUGGAACAUGUGCCAAACUUGUUUGUCAUCCGCUUGAUGUCGUCAAAAAAAGAUUUCAGAUUGAAGGGCUUCAAAGGCAUCCAAGAUAUGGAGCUCGAGUCGAGCAUCGUGCAUAUAGGAACAUGUUUGAUGCCAUGCAACGGAUAAUGCGGUUAGAGGGUUGGGCUGGUCUGUACAAGGGGAUAAUCCCAUCAACUGUUAAAGCUGCACCUGCUGGUGCUGUGACAUUUGUUGCUUAUGAAUUGACAUCAGAUUGGCUAGAGUCCACUUUUAGUUGAAUUUUCCCACUUCUUCAUAAUUUUUAAUCAUAUUCUUUUUAAAAUACAAAUUAAGUCCUUCCUAGUUUAGGAAGAAAGUUUAAGGGAUUACUAAUUUGUUUUAAUGAUAGUGGUAGUUGAUAUUGAACUUCCUCAAGAUGGAAGAUUUGUUCUUUAUGCUUGCAUCUGAUUUUGAAUUCCAAAUGUAAAUUUCCAAAAUAUGAUGCAAAGCCUGUCUAGGAAUGAAAUUUGUUUGGAUUCAACCUA